CAGCUCGUUGCCGGGAAGUGUUUUCAAGUUUCAAUCUAAAGUUGGGAAUAGUUCUUACGACAUAUCGAUGCAACUACAAUGUUGCAGCGACUAGGGAUUCUGAUUUAAAGUCAAGUCAGUUUUUACUCUCAGCGCCAUGAGCUUAACACAGGUCAGAGACGUCUCGGUUGAGGACAUAUGCAAAAGAACAAAGCCAAGAAAACAUUACGUAUACUUCAUUCAAGUUCAUUGGCAUGACGGACCCAUCACUCCAGUCUACAGAAGCUACAGCACCCUCCUUGAACUGCAGGAAAGGUUACUAAAAAUAGAAGACUUCAUCUUGAACCAGAACGACCCAGCUUCUAGAACACUGCUCAAAGGAAAGUCAUUUUCUGGAAGGUUGACUAUCAAAAAACGCGCCAAAGCACUAAAAAGAAUGCCUGCUGUCGAAGAAUUCCUCAAAUCUGUAGUUCAUCAACCUCCGCAUAUUUCUGGAUCAGAUCCUGUAAUAAACUUUUUUCACCCUCUUCCCGAAGAUCUUAUCGAGUUAGACCAUGAUCAAGCAGAAAAAAAUCGAAAUAUGGAUAGACGCGCAUCAAAAGGAAAAUAUCUUCAGCACAUAUCGGAGCCAUUCCUGCUGGAGCAAUACGUGGCAAUCGCAGAUUACACAAGUAGAGAAGUAAAUGACAUAAGUCUCACAGCAGGGAACGUUGUGGAAGUUAUCCAGAAAAAUGAACACGGUUGGUGGUUUGUGGACCUUGACAGUGAGGUGGGCUGGGUACCAGCAUCUUACCUUGAACCCCGGGACGGCAGCAUGGAUGAUCAGGUGUUGGAGACUUUUGAGGAAGGAGAGGAGGAAACAUACAUUUCCAUGGCUGCCUAUGAGCCUCAACUUGACGACGAGGUUGGGUUUGAAAUGGGAAAAGUCGUCAAGGUCAUUCAGAAAAAUCUGGACGGAUGGUGGUUUGUCAAGUUUGAAGAGAAAGAAGGCUGGGCACCAUCAAUGUAUCUGAGAGAGGUGGCCUCGUCCCAGUACAACGCAAGACAGAAAGGAAAACAUGCUGCAGUCAGAGCUAUGAUCAGAGAUACGCGUUUGAAUAGCAUUUCUGUCCUUGCUGGAAGAAGACAAACAUGGGACCCACCAGCCAGGAAAAAGAGUGUGAGGAGGAACGAAAACCAAGCCGUAUCCAGCUCUGCUAGAAAAGAGAACAGUUUCAACACAAAGCCUGUCAGAUCCUACGUAAAUCUGGAGUUUCAUCAAGUCACGAAGAAGCCUCAAGGAAGACGGAAUCCGCGGCAGAAACAAGACCCCAAUGAAGUAAGAGCAGGAUGCAGAUUAAACGGAGAAUCAAAGAGCAUCCUUGAGGUCAACUCUGAAAAUUCAGUUAACGAUGUGCAGAUUAAUGGCUUAUUGAAGCCCAGGCCUUUAUCAAUGGUGGAAGAAGAGGAUCUGGAAACUGUUUCCCGCGGGACGAGUCCCAUCCCGAGCCCGUUGCUAGCUCAGAGUUCCAACAACUCAAAUACCCCACCUCCCUCUUCCGACGAACGUUAUCACUUCCGCCCGAUUAAACUCCCGGAGGAGGAAACAAAAGAGGAUUCGGAGUUUCCGGUUGAGGACGAGGAAACCGUACACGGAUCUAGCCCUGAAAACCCUGUCAUCGAUUCACAUAGUGAUGAAAACCAACAACCUGAUGUGCAAGACGAAGACGAGAAAGAAGGCGAAGAAUAUACCGAAAAUAUGCCGGAGCUGGUGAAUAACAGAUUCUUAGCCAUGGGAUCCUACGAAAAAGAGGGCGAACAGGAAGUAAAUCUGCAAGAGAAUGCUGAGGUUGAACUUCUAGAAGAAUCGGAGGGGGGCUGGUGGCUAGUGCGCACUUCAAGUCAUUCUGUAGGUUGGGCACCGUCAAAUUUCCUAGAGAAAGUUCAAAGUUUAAAAACUGGUCGGAUGGAAACUGUUACCGAGUCACAUGUUGAAAAUGUAAUUGAGGUGAUACCAAUACGGCCGCCCAAAUCACCCAAAGUCCUCAAGAUGGCGCAAGAUAUUUGUGUAGAAGAGAGAUUUUGGAAAUAUCUCCAAAAGGGUAAAGAACAGGACACCAGUCUAAUUGACGCAGAAGACUUAGAUAUCGAGGGUAUCAAGGCACCUCUUGAGGCAAAAGAAGACAAUAACGAGGUUUUUACUUGCACAUUUGAUGACUACGAAUGUAAUCCUGAGAGUGGGGUUUGUCUGAGAAAAAGCCAAGAACCCAGCGAGGUCAAGUUCGCGCCUACGAAUGACGUUCCUUCUGAUCAGGAACAUCUUCAAGCGUCCUGGAAUAGACCCGGUAGUAUGGAAAGAUCAGAGAGUGUUCCUAGUCUGGCUGAGUGUGAAGACUUUGAUGAUUUACCCUCCGAUGAAAUGAUCAAGUUAACAACCAACGAAUCACCUGCACAAGCAGUGAUGAAAACUGCUGAGCCUCAUACGUUUGAAGUGAAAAUAUUACAAGAUAGUUAGGUCAGACAUCGCGAAAUAGACUCUCGCUACUUCCGUGCAAAGAGUCAUCAUUUCCUUUUCUCGUAGAGUGUAUUUCUUCCCUUUUAAAUCAGAAAUAAUUAAGGAUAAUGAAGAAAUUUUGUAUGUUGUGAACUCCGGUUACACUCCUCUGGCUUUUUCUACUUCGCUGUGGGUCACAAAAAGGCUCAAUGGUAGUGACCGAGUUUGCUUAACCCUUUGACUCCCAAGAUCUGGUUUUUAAUUCACCCUUCUAGC